CGAGGAUGAGGAGAGACCCGAAAAGGCAAAAAAUCACGUGCAAAUCAAUGAAACCCAAACGGUUCAGGCGCCAUCGCUCGCGGACUUUCGCAAUUAGUCACUGUGAAGCGCAAUUAGUCGCUAAAAAGCCUUCAAUUUGCCUUGAUUUGAUAUAAAAAGAGAAGAAGAACAGUAAUUGGUCUUUGUUUCUACUUCUAAUUUGCUAUUGAUCUGAAUAAACUACUCAAUUGAUCACUGUGCCUCGAAUCGAGCUGCUACUUCUCGCAACUCCACCACCAUGAGCGAUUACGACCUCGACCUCGCCUCGGUCUCCGUCCACGCCGACGACGAGUUCUCGCUCGUGAGCGACGUGGCCACUCCGCUCCACGUCUCGACAAUCUACAAAUACAACUCGGACCCCGACAAACUCGUCCGUGCAAAAGACCACGACAUCCGCCUCGCGGGCCCGGACGAGCGCGUCUACUCCCGCUUCGGCAACCCCGUCACCUCCCGCGUCGAAGCUGUUCUCUCCGGCAUCCUCGGCGGCCACGCGGUCGUCUACUCCUCCGGCCUCUCCGCGUUCACGGCCGCGAUCACCCAUCUGCAGCCAAAACGCGUUGCCAUCGCAGACGGCUACCACGGCUGCCACAACGUGCUCGCGAUCCUCUCCCGUUUCGGCGGCGGCGCCAGCAUCGAAAGCAUCGACCACUACGACCCCUCGCUGUCCGCAAACGACCUCUUCCACAUCGAAACACCAAUCAACCCGACCGGCAUCGCGCUCGAUCUCGAGAAAGCUGUCUCGUUUGCGCACGCGCGCGGCGCAAAGGUGCUCGUCGACGCUACGUUUGCGCCGCCGCCGAUCCAGAACCCGUUCGAUUUCGGUGUCGACCUGGUGAUGCACUCGGCUACAAAGUACUUUGGCGGCCACUCUGACCUGCUCGCGGGCGUGCUCGUUACUAAAGAUCCCGCCGUGCGAGAUCAAUUGCUGCAGGACCGCGGCAUCCUCGGUCUGCAGCCCGGAAACAUGGAAAGCUGGCUUCUGCUGCGCUCGCUGCGCACAUACAAGCUUCGCGUCACGCAGCAAUCCACCUCUGCCACCAAAAUCGCCCGUUUCCUCGCCGAUGCUCUCGCCUCUAGCUCGAUCCCCGCGCUGAAGCAAGUCCACCACUCAUCCCUCCAAACCGAGCCCUUUGUCGCAAAGCAGAUGCCAAACGGCAUGCACUCGCCCGCCUUCUCGAUUGAGGUCGCGAGCUCGGAUCUCGCGCGCAAACUACCCUCUAGACUGAAACUGUUUCAUCACUCGACUUCGCUUGGAGGUGUUGAGAGUUUGAUUGAGUGGCGCGCGGUCUCGGAUAAGCAUGUUCCGGAGACGUUGCUUAGGCUGUCGAUUGGAGUUGAGGACACUGAUGAUCUGAUUGCUGAUCUUAAGCAGGGCCUUCUCUCCCUUUCCUAAGCUUUUCUUAAUUGCACAUAUGUAAUAGAAUAAUAGUCAUAAUUGAAUACACUAAACCAACCCGA